UGUCCAGUUGAUUUUAGCUCAAAUUUGUAUAAUAAAAGGAUUUCUUAUUCCAGAUGGAAUAAAGAUGGUGACUACUAAUUUAGGAGAUAUCAUUGGUUUUACUGAUCGAGUAAACUUUGGCAAUCAGAAUUUUCAAGUAAGAAAAUUUCUCGGAAUUCCGUAUGCUGAACCACCAGUAGGAGAUCUGCGUUUUGAAAAGCCUGUCAUGAAGACACGAUUUAUGACGCCCUUUAAAGCGCAUAAAUACUCACCGAAAUGCCCUCAACCGCAACUUGUAAAUGAGACCAUUUCUGAAGACUGUCUUUAUCUCAACAUAUUUGCACCUGAAAUAUCCAGCACAAAUGCAGAAACAAAGCCGGUAAUGAUUUGGAUUCAUGGAGGAGGAUUUAUUUCAGGAUAUAGCAAAACUUAUGACGGUGAUGUAAUCAGUGUCCUUGCUGAUGUCAUCAUUGUUACACUUAAUUACCGACUUGGUGCUUUAGGAUUUUUUAGUACUCAUGACUCUGUCGCAAAAGGCAACUAUGGUUUAUGGGACCAACAUCUAGCUAUUCGCUGGGUGAACGAAAACAUUGCUGACUUCGGUGGAGAUACUACAAAUAUAACCAUAUUUGGGGAGUCAGCCGGUUCAAGUAGCGUUAUAUACCAGAUGCUCUACCCUGGCAAUAAAGGAUUAUUUAAACGAGCAAUAGCAGAAAGUGGAACUAUUGCUGCCUGGGCUGUUUCAAAUGGAAAUGCAAAUUAUGAAUCAUCUAUAGAAUUUGCUCAAUACGUGGGAUGUGGUGACUUGUCUAAUAUUUCUGCGUGUUUAAAAAGUAAAACAGAGGCCGACAUGAUUUCUGCGACCGUAACGCUUGAAAGUCUGAAAUACAGUGAAGUAAACAAAAGUUGGGCCCCCGUCUUUGAUGAUGAAUUUGUACUUGCAAAGACUCCUGAUAUAUUAUCUGAGCUGUCCGAUCCAAACUUACGAUCAAAAUAUUUGCACUUUUGGGAUCUUGAUCUAAUGAUAGGUGCAAACAAUUAUGACGGUGUUAGUUACCUAUAUUUGUUGAUGGUUUUAAUUAACAAUACUACCCCAGCCUCAAUCAGCUACAACAUUUCUGUGCAACAAUUUGAUAAUAUCAUUGUGCCCAGAGCAAUUGAAGCCUGGCUUGGCGAAACUCCAGCUGAACUGGCGUCAGAUCUAACAAUACUGGAGUACACGGAUUUGAACGAUCCACAUAACACCAUAAAGCGUUUGCAGAAUGCUAUUGAUAUUUGGUCCGAAUAUACAGUAAAUGCUCCUAUGAUAUCCACUGCAAAUGCACAUUCAAGUGCCGUGUCAUCUACAUACGUCUAUCAGUUUUCGGCAGCACCUCCAAAACGUCUUAUAGCGAUUCCACCUGAACUGGAAGGACCAGAUGUUGCCUGUCAUUCGGACGAAAUGCCCUUCCUAUUCGGUUUUACAGAAAGUAUCCGGAAGUACUGGAACUUUUCUGAAAAUAGUAUUGACCCAAAGGAUUACCAUUUGUCAUUGGAAAUAAUAACUAUGUGGACGAACUUCGCGAAAUCCGGGAACCCCAACAUACCUAAGAAACUUAAUACACUUAACGGUGAAACUUGGCCGGCGUAUGACGGAAAUGGUGAAAUGUAUCUUGAAAUAGCAUCCAAGCAGUCGAAGAUCAAACAACGUCUUAGAGCUGAACAAGUUGUGCUCUGGAACUAUCUGCUGCCGGAAAUGCAAGCCUUUGCGAAACAGAAGCCGUGAAAUGUGAUAAAUACAUUCCAAUUAUGGGACUUGAAUCCUAGUUAAUCAUACUUUCAAAAUGUUAUAUGUUUAAUUUGCUUCAUCAAUAAUCGUCGUAUUUCCACAAUGCCGUAACUAGCUUUUUGAUAGUUUUGGAGAUUUGAGUGUCAAUUACUAUACACUACGUACAGCCUUGUUGAGCUAAACUUUAGACUGUUUCUGUUAGUUCUACAAGGCCGCAAAUUUACAACCGUACAGAGGUAAAAGAGACAUACCUAAAGACACUAAAAUCUCAGUUUUGCCAAAACUUGACUUAGUCACUCUGGAAUUAAGGCAAUGAUAUUAUUAUUGUAUCAUUAAAAUAAAACAAAAAUCAUACAGAUUUUGAACUAUUGAUACAUUUCGGUCCUUAGGACAGUGUAUCAAAUUUUCUCUGUUUGAAAUAAACUAGUAUUUUGUCAACUUUACAUUUCGAUUUAUAUGAUCAGAGUGUAGGAGCGUUUCA